AUGGCCACUAAUGGGACUCGAGAUAGCGAUAGGCUUCCUGGCUUCCAAUUACACCUAAUCGUCGUUGGCGCAGGUUUGGCUGGACUGGCCGCCGCAAUUAGCACUCGGUUAGAGGGUCAUCGCGUCACCGUGUUAGAAAAAGUACCUAAAUUGGAAGAAGUCGGCGCUGGGUUACAAGUUACCCCCAAUGCAACUCGUCUAUUUCAUCACUGGGGAAUUUUCGAAGAAUUGAGCCCCAAGGCUGCAGUACCGUCUUACCUUGCAGUUAGACGAUAUGACGGUACUCGUUUGCUAGCAUACGAAGAUCACUUUCAAAAGAAGAUCUUAGAGCGAUAUGGAGCUCCUUUUUGGGAUGUUCACCGUGCUGACCUGCAGGAAGCACUGGUUCGACGCGCGACGUCCUUAGGGGUAGAGUUUCGUCUGGGCGCUGACGUCCAGAACAUAGAUUUCCAACGCGCUACAGUUACGACAUCAGAUGGUCAGACGGUGCAGGGUGAUCUUAUUCUCGGCGCCGACGGUUUAUGGUCGCGCACGAGAAGUUCCUUAUUGCGAAAGCAAUUGACGCCACAGCCGACCGGAGAUCUUGCGUACCGAAUCAUCCUCAACCUUGAAAACAUCAAGGAUCCGGAACUAGAGGAGCUCGUCGCCAAACCCGCCGUCAACUUUUGGAUCGGCCCGGAGUCGCACGUCGUGGGUUAUUCACUCCGACAAGGCCGCACCUAUAACCUGGUUCUCCUACGGCCUGACGAUUUACCCGAAGAUGUAAGCCGGCAGGCCGCCAACGUAGAUGAGAUGCGAAAGCUUUUCGAAUCAUGGGACCCGAUCCUUAAUAAAUUAUUAGCAUGCGUGAACCAAGUAGAUAAAUGGCGAUUAAUGCACAUCUCCCCCUUAGACGCCUGGGUAAACGAUGAGGGCACAUUUCUAAUGGCCGGCGAUGCAUGCCACCCAAUGCUUCCGUAUCUUGCGCAGGGUGCAAACUCCUCUUUGGAAGACGGCGCUGUUCUUGGCCGGCUACUCAAAUAUGUCACGAGCCGUGAUAAGCUACGCCCAGCACUUGAGAUGUACCAACAGCUGCGAAAGGCUAGAGGGGAAGCAAUAGCAAAAGAAGCACUAGGACAGAGGGACUCGUUUCAUUUGCCCGAUGGCCCCGAACAAGAAAAAAGGGAUGCUAUAUUCCAAGCAUGUAUAGACAAGGAGCCGACACCGCAUUUCCCUAGCCGUUGGACAUGUCCUUCGGUGCAGCCAUGGUUAUAUGGCUAUGAUUCCGUAGUGGAAGCUGAUAAAGCCUAUGAGGCACAUCCUUUUUGA